AUGUCUAAUACGGACGAAGACGCAGGCAAGAGCAUUACAUUGCAUAUCAAGGGGCCAAGUGCGCUGAAGCUUUCUGUUACGAUCUCGAAGGAUCAGACGGUCCUGCAGUUGAAGGAGCGAAUUGCGACGGAAAACAACGAUUUCCCCGCAGAAAGCCAGCGUCUGAUUUAUAGCGGUAAGGUACUCAAGGACCCAGAGACCCUUGCCUCAUACAAUGUGCAGGAUAACCACACCAUACAUAUGGUGCGUGCUGCCAUUAAAACUAGCAGUGGUGCGUCGAACACGCCGGCGUCCAGUGGCAGAACCAUGUCCCAGGCCACUGCAUCGCGAGCGGCAGAAGCACAAGGCGUUCCAUCAUCCUUCUCGGCUGGUCAACAAUUUACAAAUAACCCGCUCUCUGCGCUGAAUCGCGCAGAUUACGCAGGUCCACAUAUGGCGAAUCUUCUGAAUGAGGCUGGUGGUAUGUUUGGCAAUUUUGGCGGUAUGAACCCACGAGACCCCAACGUCAUGCUUGGUAUGAUGCAGAACCCUGAAUUCCUUCAGCACAUGCGCAGCAUGCUUGCGCGUCCUGAAGUGGUGGACCAAAUCAUUGCAAGCAACCCACAGAUGCAGGCUAUGGGCCCCCAGGUCCGUGACAUGAUGCAAUCAGAAUAUUUCCGUGACCUGGUCACGAACCCUGAGAUGAUUCAGCGCAUGACCCAACUGUCACAGAUGAUGGGCGGCUUGCCUGGCACGGGUGCGCCGUCAUGGCCGCCUCCCGGCGCAUUUGGUGCACCACCAACGCAGGAUUCAGCCCAGCGCGACGCUGCUCAUAACGCUGCCUCGGACCCUCUUGCCAGUCUUGCCCAGCUUCAGAGCUUGUUGGGAGGCAUGGGCGGUGCAGCUGGGGCAGGUGGUCUUAACCCAUUGGCUGCAGCGCUGGCCGGUAGUGGUAAUCAAGCCCAGCCCACCGAUCAGCGGGCACCCGAAGAACGUUAUGCAACACAGCUGGAGCAACUUCAAACCAUGGGAUUUCUAGAUCCUCGCGAGAAUCUGCGUGCACUCCUCAUGAGUGGUGGCAGUGUUGAAGGAGCUGUAACCAUUUUGCUCGACUAG